AACGUUUAAUCCGCUAUCACGUUUUGUGUUGAGUUGCUGAUUUUGAAAGCUAUCGAACACAUAGGUUUGUAUAUGUACUUUUUAUAUGGUCGUUAGAGUUUGUUUGCAAAAAUGUUUGUCGCAAAAAGUAUUGCAGCAGACCACAAGGACCUUAUUCACGAUGUGUCUUACGACUUUCAUGGCCGGAGAAUGGCGACUUGUUCCAGUGAUCAAAGUGUCAAGGUAUGGGACAAGACCGAUGACGGAGAGUGGCACUGCACUGCAAGCUGGAAAACUCACAGCGGCUCAGUGUGGCGGGUUACAUGGGCACAUCCGGAGUUUGGUCAGGUGCUGGCUUCUUGCUCGUUUGAUCGUACUGCAGCUGUCUGGGAAGAGAUAGUUGGUGAAUCCAACGAUAAACAGCGAGGACAAAGUCACUGGAUAAAGAGAACCACGCUGGUUGACAGCAGAACCUCAGUGACUGAUGUGAAGUUUGCGCCCAAACACAUGGGUCUGAUGUUGACCACCUGCUCGGCAGAUGGGGUAGUGAGGAUCUACGAGGCUCCUGAUGUGAUGAACCUCAGUCAGUGGUCUCUGCAGCAUGAGAUCUCCUGCAAGCUCAGCUGCUCCUGCAUCUCCUGGAACCCCUCCAGCUCCCGCGCACAUCCUCCAAUGAUUGCGGUGGGCAGUGACGACAGCAACGUGACAUAUACUGGAAAAGUCCAGAUUUACGAGUACAAUGAAAACACGAGGAAGUAUGCCAAGGCUGAAACACUGAUGACAGUCACUGAUCCCGUCCACGAUAUUGCAUUCGCACCUAAUUUGGGAAGGUCUUUCCACGUGCUGGCCGUAGCCACGAAAGACGUCCGAAUUUUCAAAUUAAUACCUCUCCGGAAGGAGAGCGCCACCUCGUCUGGACCCACCAAAUUUGAGGUGCAGGUGAUGGCCCAGUUCGACAGCCAUAACUCGCAAGUGUGGCGCGUGAGCUGGAAUAUCACUAGCACUCUGCUGGCCUCCUCCGGCGACGACGGCUGCGUCCGGCUAUGGAAAGCCAACUACAUGGAUAACUGGAAAUGCACUGGCAUCUUGAGGGGAGAUGGGAGUCCAGUAAACGGCUCUUCUGGUCAGACUGGUUCUUUCGGUAACGCGGGGGGGGUCGGGGGCCCAGCCUCCCAGAACAGCGUGGUCGGGGCGGCGUCGGCUGGCAGAAAAAAGGCUCAGCUGAUGCCCGGCUAAUGGAGUAAUGUGCUGAUUGGCUGCUUGCUGCAUGCACACACAGGAUUGGACAGAAUUCCUUUGCACCUCCCCAACACUGAGUGACAUCAUAAACACACCAGAACCCUACAAAUUACUAAUAUUUAGCACUCACUCAAACUAAGUCUUAACAGUUACGUUUUGGUGUAAUACUGAAAGAAUUGAUUGUGUGUGUGCCGUUGUGUUUCAUUACCUGAUAUUGAUAAGUCAGCUAAAUUGAUGAUUUUUUUUAAACAUAUAUAUUUUGGACAGAAAUUAUGAAUAUAUUUUUCUAAAAUGAGUGAGUUUGGGCAUUUGACAUUCAAAGCAUAAGUCUUAUCAGAAGAUUUCAAAUGAAAAGAAGGGGCUUCACAGUACAUAAAACAAUUAAAAAAGUCACAUUUCUGAGAAUGUGCCAAAUACACUUAGAACCUCAACACUUAAUGCUCGCAAGAAAACAAUUGUCGCAACAGAAUUUCUUUACCUCAGUUAACAUUUUGCAUCUAUAAUAAGCUGUAUCUAAAUUAGGUGACAGACUUCUUAAUGAGACAGCUUUGCCUUUCAGAUUAACUUCAUUAAGUUGUACUGAAAGCAUUUUUAGGUCAAACAUUGAAUUUUUUUUUUUGCCUUUUCAGUACCAAGUUGGUUGGGAUUUUAGAGGUCACUUUGUAUUGCUGACCUUGUGUUUUCUCAUGGGUGUGCUAUAGAGGGCAACAUUUGAGUUCAGGAUGUUUUUCUCUCUGGGAACACUUCGUAGGUUGUGUAGGGGCCAAUCUUAAAUUUUUAGUUUUUGACCAAUCAGUUUGGAAAUUCUGUGCCAUUCUUUAAAAAAAAAAACCCCAAACCAAAACAAAAAAAAACCCUUGGAAUUUCACCAGUCUCUAAAAAUCUUGUGUAAAAAGCAACAUAUUUCAUUCAAAGAAAGAAGAAGAAGAAGCAAAAGGUUUUGCAGCACCGAAUUUUUGUCAAUAUGAGAGAGAUUUGUGACUCAGUGUUUUGAACGUGGGAAGUCUCUCAGCCUCAUAAUCACAUGCAAUGCCCCCCAGUUCUUCACAUAAUUACGAAAGCUGUUUAUGACGAGAGCUCUGACCGGAAUGUGCAUGGAGUGAAAAGACAAGAAAAUGAGGAAAAACAAGGACAGUAAACUAACUAAUUGCAACAUGACGAAGGAUGUCUGGAGGAAACCAUUGUAAACGUUAAGU